AUGGCAGAAAGGCUGUCCCCAUCACUACUUCAAAACCUCCAGGUGCGGGUAGGCCCGGAGCUUGAGGUAUUGACCGACCAGAGCAGCGCCCGCUUCCAGGAGUUCGCUCAGGGAUGGACCAAUAUUGGCCGUCAGAUACCUGGUGCUAUUGUCCUUCCGGAGACUGAGCAGCAGAUUCAGGAGACGGUACGAUGGGCUGUUCAGUCGUCGGUGCCAUUUGUCACCAAAAGUGGCGGUCACAGCGAGUGGUCAAGCAUCAAUGAACGCGGUAUCGUCAUCAACCUGAAAAAGUUCUCUGGCAUCGACGUUGACGCUCCGGGCAAGAAGGCUAUACUGAGAGGGAGCAUCUUGUCAAAAGAUGUCGCCGUAGCUCUGGCUGCGGCGGGUAGCUUUACCGCAUUGGGCAACGGCAACACUGUUGGGGCCAUUCCCUAUUUUCUAGGCGGGGGAGUGUCGGUCACUAGCUCAAUCACUGGGUUUGGAUCAGACCAGAUCUUGGCAGCUCGCAUCAUUGAUGCAAAGGGUAGCCUUGUACAAGUCACAGGGGAGAAGGAACCGGAUCUUCUCUAUGCUAUUCGAGGUGCUGGCCAGUUCUUUGGGCUCGUCACGGAGCUCACUAUCAAGAUCACGCCUCUAUCCGAGCUUGGUAACGACCAAGGCGUUAUAUGGGUGGGAGCCUUCGUGUUUCCUCUCGAGCGCGCAAGGGAAGUCGCCGAAACCAUGAAACCGUUGAUGGAUGACAGUAAAUAUGCAACGUCCGGUCUCAUCAUGAUCAUGGCCCCUCCACCUGCACGAAAUAAAACUCUAGUCAUCUCGGCAAGAUACACUGGGAACCCAAACCACGCCAAGAUUGCUUACAAGCCCCUGUAUGACUUGAAGCCCCUAAUGGCAAACGGUGGGCCAGUCCCUGUCCAGAACACUAGUGACGCCCGCGAAAUGCUUUGUACCAAAGGCGACUUCAAGCGAUUCGGCGUCGUCGGACUGAGGCGGUUUAAUGUUGACAGCUUUCUUGAAACCGUCAAAGUUUGGCAGACUCUGGUGGAGGCGUGUCCUGAUGCUAUCAACACGGCUUUCAACUUCCAAUGGGAUUCUAGACCCCCCAAGACACCCCAAUUUGAGUCAGCAAUGUCACUGCACGAUAUAAGGUACUGGCAGAACAAUCUUAUAUGGCAUACCGCCGUGAACAAACGGCAACUGGUUGACGAGUUCAAUGACAAGUCCAUCAAGAUCAUGCGCGGCCCUGACAAGUCUGAGUAUGCCGACUUUCAGAAUGGCACUCGUUCGGGGCCGAUCGAGUUGCGCUAUCGGGGCCCUGGUAAGCUUGACAAGUUGAAGGCGCUAAAGAAGAAAUGGGAUCCCACAGGAGUCUUCACAACACAGCUUCUGGACUAG